AGGGCCCGCCUCUCCUGGCUCACAGCUGUCUGCUGCUCCAGCCCUGCCCUCCCGGAGCUGCCGGACGCUCGCGGGUCUCGGAACGCAUCCCGCCGCGGGGGCUUCGGCCGUGGCAUGGGCGCCGCGGGCCUGCUCGGGGUUUUCUUGGCUCUCGUCGCACCGGGGGUCCUCGGGAUUUCCUGUGGCUCUCCUCCUCCUAUCCUAAAUGGCCGGGUUAGUCAUUAUUCUACCCCCAUUGCUGUUGGAACUGUGAUAAGGUACAUUUGUUCAGCUGGCUUCCGCCUCAUUGGAGAAAAAAGUGUAUUAUGCAUAAGCAAAGACAAAGUGGAUGGAACCUGGGAUAAACCUGCUCCUAAAUGUGAAUAUUUCAAUAAAUAUUCUUCUUGCCCUGAGCCCAUAGUACCAGGAGGAUACAAAAUUAGAGGCUCUACACCCUACAGACAUGGUGAUUCUGUGACAUUCGCCUGUAAAACCAACUUCUCCAUGAACGGAAACAAGUCUGUUUGGUGUCAAGCAAAUAAUAUGUGGGGGCCGACGCGACUACCAACCUGUGAAAGUGUUUUCCCUCUCAAGUGUCCAGCACUUCCUAUGAUCCACAAUGGACAUCACACAAGCGAGAAUGUCAGCUCCAUUGCUCCAGGAUUGUCUGUGACUUACAGCUGUGAAUCUGGUUACUUGCUUGUUGGAGAAAAGAUCAUUAACUGUUUGUCUUCGGGAAAAUGGAGUGCUGUCCCCCCCACAUGUGAAGAGGCACGCUGUAAACCUCUAGGACGAUUUCCCAAUGGGAAGGUAAAGGAGCCUCCAAUUCUCCGGGUUGGUGUAACUGCAAACUUUUUCUGUGAUGAAGGGUAUCGACUGCAAGGCCCAUCUUCUAGUCGGUGUGUAAUUGCUGGACAGGGAGUUGCUUGGACCAAAAUGCCAGUAUGUGAAGAAAUUUUUUGCCCAUCACCUCCCCCUAUUCUCAAUGGAAGACAUACAGGCAACUCACUAGCAAAUGUCUCAUAUGGAAACACAGUCACUUACACCUGUGACCCGGACCCAGAGGAAGGAGUGAACUUCAUCCUUAUCGGAGAGAGCACUCUCCGUUGUACAGUUGAUAGUCAGAAGACUGGGACCUGGAGUGGCCCUGCCCCACGCUGUGAACUUUCUACUUCUGCGGUUCAGUGUCCACAUCCCCAUGUCCUAAGAGGCCAAAUAGUAUCUGGGGAGAAAGAUCGAUAUACCUAUAACAACACUGUGAUAUUUGCUUGCAUGUUUGGCUUCACCUUGAAGGGCAGCAAGCAAAUCCGUUGUAAUGCCCAAGGCACAUGGGAGCCAUCUGCACCAGUCUGUGAAAAGGAAUGCCAGGCCCCUCCUAACAUCCUCAAUGGGCAAAAGGAAGAUAGACACAUGGUCCGCUUUGACCCUGGAACAUCUAUAAAAUAUAGCUGUAACCCUGGCUAUGUGCUGGUGGGAGAAGAAUCCAUACAGUGCACCUCUGAGGGAGUGUGGACAACCCCUGUACCCCGAUGCAAAGUGGCAGAGUGUGAAACUACAGAAAAGCAACUCUUGACAAAACCCCAGCACCAAUUUGUUAGACCAGAUGUUAACUCUUCUUGUGGUGAAGGGUACAAGUUAAGUGGGAGUGUUUAUCAGGAGUGUCAAGGCACAAUUCCUUGGUUUAUGGAGAUUCGUCUUUGUAAAGAAAUCACCUGCCCACCACCCCCUGUUAUCUACAAUGGGACACACACCGGGAGUUCCUUAGAAGAUUUUCCAUAUGGAACCACGGUCACUUACACAUGUAACCCCGGGCCAGAAAGAGGAGUGGAAUUCAGCCUCAUUGGAGAGAGCACCAUCCGUUGUACAAGCAAUGAUCAAGAAAGAGGCACAUGGAGUGGCCUUGCUCCCCUAUGUAAACUUUCCCUCCUUCCUGUCCAGUGCUCACAUGUCCGUAUUGCAAAUGGACGCAAGAUAUCUGGCAAGGAAGGCCCAUAUUUCUACAAUGACACUGUGACAUUCGAGUGUUAUGGUGGAUUUACUUUGAAGGGCAGUAGUCAGAUUCGUUGCAAAGCUGAUAACACCUGGGAUCCUGAAAUACCAGUUUGUGAAAAAGGCUGCCAGCCACCUCCUGGGCUCCACCAUGGUCAUCAUACAGGUGGAAAUACGGUCUUCUUUGUCUCUGGGAUGACUGUAGACUACACUUGUGACCCUGGCUACUUGCUUGUGGGAAACAAAUCCAUUCACUGUAUGCCUUCAGGAAAUUGGAGUCCUUCUGCCCCACGGUGUGAAGAAACAUGCCAGCCUGUGAGAGAGGAUCUUCAAGAACUUCCAGUUGGUUCACAUGUGGAGCUAGUUAAUACGUCCUGCCAAGAUGGGUACCGGUUGACUGGACAUGCUUAUCAGAUGUGUCAAGAUGCUGAAAAUGGAAUUUGGUUCAGAAAGAUUCCACUUUGUAAAGUUAUUCACUGUCACCCUCCACCAGUGAUUGCCAAUGGGAAGCACACAGGCAUGAUGGCAGAAAACUUUCUAUAUGGAAAUGAAGUCUCUUAUGAAUGUGACCAAGGAUUCUAUCUCCUGGGAGAGAAAAAAUUGCAGUGCAGAAGUGAUUCUAAAGGACAUGGAUCUUGGAGCGGGCCUUCCCCACAGUGCUUACGAUCUCCUCCUGUGACUCGCUGCCCUAACCCAGAAGUCAAACAUGGGUACAAGCUCGAUAAAACGCAUUCUGCAUAUUCCCACAAUGACAUAGUGUAUGUUGACUGCAAUCCCGGCUUCAUAAUGAAUGGUAGUCGUGUGAUUAGGUGUCAUACUGAUAAUACAUGGGUGCCAGGUGUGCCAACUUGUAUCAAAAAAGCCUUCAUAGGGUGUCAACAUCCGCCUAAGACCCCCAACGGGAACCAUACUGGUGGAAACAUAGCCCGGUUUUCCCCUGGAAUGUCAAUCCUGUACAGCUGCGACCAAGGCUACCUACUGGUGGGAGAGGCACUCCUUCUUUGCACACAUGACGGAACCUGGAGCCAACCCGCCCCUCAUUGUAAAGAGGUAAACUGUAGCUCACCAGCAGAUAUGGAUGGAAUCCAGAAAGGGCUGGAACCAAGGAAAAUGUAUCAGUAUGGAGCUGUUGUAACUCUCGAGUGUGAAGAUGGGUACGUGCUGGAAGGCAGUCCCCAGAGCCAGUGCCAAUCGGAUCACCAAUGGAACCCUCCCCUGGCGGUUUGCAGAUCCCGUUCACUUGCUCCUGUCCUUUGUGGUAUUACUGCGGGUUUGAUACUUCUUAUCUUCUUGAUUGUUGUUACCUUAUACAUGAUAUCAAAACACAGAGAACGCAAUUAUUAUACAAAUACAAGCCAGAAAGAAGCUUUUCAUUUAGAAGCACGAGAAGUAUAUUCUGUUGAUCCAUACAACCCAGCAAGCUGAUCAGAAGACAAACUGGUGCUUUUAAGGAGAGGAGCAACACAUUCACCUUAACUGCUGUGUUAAGAACAGACUGUAGCAAGCCACGGGUGGAAGAUGGGAGUCAAUGAGGAGGCUGCUGCAAUCAUCCAGGCAAGAAAUUGUCAGUGGCUACCACCAGGCUUUGAGAAGAGGCCAGAUUCUGCAUGCAUUUUUAAGACAGUGACAGUAGGAUUUGUUGAUAGUUUGUAUCAGAAUAUGAGAGGAAGAGACCUGUCAAUAAUGACACAAGGGCUUUUGCCUAAGCAACCGGAAAGAUAGAAUUGCCAUUACUUAACACGACUGAGAAUGCAAAGAGCAGGAUUGGGGAGAAAAAUCAGGAGUUCCACUGUGGAGAUGUUAAGUGUGGAUGCCUAAUAGACUUGGCAAGAAGACAGCUGAUGUACAAGUCUGUAUUUUGGGCAAUUGGUCCAGGCUGGAGAUACAAAUUUGGGCUUUGACAUCAUGUGGAUGUACAUAACAAUGAGACUGAAUAAGAUCUCCGAGGAGAAGUGAAAGAGGCUAGCAAAAAGAAAAGGUCCAAGUAUUGAGCCCUGGAUCCUCCAACAUCAGGAGUCAUGGAAUGAGAAGGCGCCCACUAAGGAGUGAAGGAGCAGCCUCUGAUACUAUCCAGAGAAGAACCUUAAAGUCAGGCAAAGAAAGAAUUUUAGCGAGGAGGGAGUGAUCAACUCUGUCCAGUGUUGCUGGUAGGCCAAGAAAAUGAGCCCUGAAAACUGACCAUUGAAAUUCAGUAGCACAAUUUUUUUUUUUUUUUUGAGACAGGGUCUCACUCUGUCACCCAGGCUGGAGUGCAGUGGUGUGAUCUCAGCUCACUGCAGUCUCUACUUCCUGGGUUCAAGUGAUUCUCAUGCCUCAGUCUCCUGAGUAGCUGGGAUUAUAGGCAAGCAGCACAAAAUUUGCUGCUGAACUUGACAAGACAGUUUUUGAAGAGAGGAAGGAGGCAGGAGCCUGACUGGACUGAGCUUAAGAGAGAAUGAAAGGAGAGAAAUUGCAGCUAUCAACUAUAGGCAACUCUUCCUGAGGUUUUUUCCUAUAAAAAGGAGCAAAUAAGUAAAGUGCUAGCAAGAAUAAAACAUAAAGUCAACAUAAAUAUUUUUUAAGAUUGGAGAAAUAGCAGCUAUGCCCUAUUCCUACAUGCUGAUGGGAAUAAUUUAGUAGAAAGGGAAAGAGUGAUGGCGGAAAGAGAGGGAAGAAUUGCUUGAGCAAGGUCUGGGUAAGCUAGGAGGGUAAGCUAGAUUAAGCAGAGGAGCUCCUAGCUGCAUGGGCUUAGUAACAGGAGGGAGGGCAGAAUCUGCAGGUGCAGAUGAAGGCAGGUUGGGACCUGUGAUGGGGAGUGAACGUGUGGAAGUUCUCUUCCGAUGAUUCAGUCUUCUCGGUGAAUAGAAAGCAAAUUGUUCAGCUGAGAGUGAGGCUUGGAAAGGAGGUAUUAGAGAGUUAAGAAGAAAAAGGAAGGCAUUAAAUCAUCAACUAAGAAUUGAAGACUGAAUUAUAGGGAGUACAGAAAGGCUGACAGGCGACAUGAGAUGUGCACCUGAGGUUCCCAUGAGAAAAUGGGGAUGAACAUUUGAAGGUUUACUCUGUCCAGGGGUUACGCGACAGUCUUUCAUGCCCUCUCUUACUUAGCCAUCAGGACCACUUUGAAAGGUGGGUGUUCUCCCUAGAUAAUACCAAGAUGAAGAAAUAAUAUCCAAGAAAACCUAGGCUAAAAGAUUCUCUUGGGCAAGGUCUCAGGGUCUCAGGGUCAAUCAUUGGCAAAGUUGGAAUGCAAGCUCAUGUUUGAGUUUAAACUGCUUUCUCCUACAUAAUCUAGAAAAUAAAGAUACCAGCCAGGAGUGGCGGCUCACAUCUGUAAUCCCAGCACUUUGGAAGGCUGAGGCAGGCAGAUCACGAGGUCAGGAGAUCGAGACCAUCUUGGCCAACAUGGUGAAACCCUGUCUCUACUAAAAAUACAAAAAUUAGCUGGGUUUGGUGGCAUGUGCCUGUAAUCCCAGCUACUCAGGAGGCUGAGGCAGGAGAAUUGCUUGAACCAGGGAGUUGGAGGUUGCAGUGAGCUGAGAUCAAGCCACUGCACUCCAGCCUGCCGACAGAGCGAGACUCCAUUUUAAAAUAAAAUAAAAUAAAAUAAAAUAAAAUAAAAUAAAAUAAAAUAAAAUAAAAUAAAAAAGAUACCACCUCUGUCCUCUUGGAAUUUAUUUUAAUAAGACAAAUAGGACCCAUAAAUAUCAUAGGUAAUAAUACAUACCAUAAACAAGGUAUAGAAAAUCUGUGAUGGCAGUUGAGGAAGAAAAGGUAACCUGCUGCUGGUGAGUCAUGACAGGGGGACCAUACUAGUAACCUCUAAAUCCAAACCAGUUGAGGUACAGAGUACAGCUAGCACACAAAUAUUAGUUGAAUGAGUAUAUGAAUGAGAAAAAUUAUUACUUUCGUUUCUCAUUUAGUUUAAUUCAUGUUUAUAUGAAUGUAUAUAA